CCGUGUGGCGUUCCGAAUGGCCUGUACCAUUUGCACUAAAUCGUUUGGAUUUUUCAACAAAGAGCAUGGAUGUCCGGUGUGUAAGUUUUCCUUCUGUUCGGGAUGCCUUAAGUACAAGCUGGUGCGUGACGGCAAAAAGCUAAAUGUUUGUUUGCGCUGCUCGAAGCUUGCUGCCGAACCUCCGAAAGCGAAUGCUAAACAUAUGCCUGCUACUACACACAAAGACGGUGCGGAAACGAGUCCCAAACAAAGCAAACCUCGAAUACCCAGUCCUAUUGAAACACAAGAAGAUUCGACCGGAGAUGAUCUUUUACGCAAUAAACUUGAAGCGCUCAAAGCAAACGAUUCAGAAGAAAACCAGUGCGAACCUGGCGUAGAUCAUCCUUCAACAGGCGCGGGCAAUGUGGACAUAGAAAAACGCCUGGCAGCUCUGAAGGGCAUCGAGUACAAGGAUUACAAAGAUGCAUCAAAACGGUUUAUGGCACCGGACAAUCGUACCGCAGAACAGAAGGUACAAGAUUUGUUGGGCCAGUUUGUCGAGGAAACGAAGCUAAUCAACGUGAUGGAUGAUAUGCGUGCCGAACAGGAUGAUGAGAUUGUGAAGCGAUUGAAUGCACUGAAACAGUUCCCGUCAACUGGUGCUGAAGGAAGUUCCCGGCCUGCUACACUUCCGGACAGUGAUUCAGAUGAGGAUUUAACCGAUGAAGAGUUAGCGCGCAAGUUGGCCAAAAGAUACGCCGAGGAGGGUAAAAUGGAGGCGAAAUUGCGGUUGGAUAGUGAAUUGGAUGAGGAACCAUCGACUUCUAUUUCCGCUAAUGGAGGUGAUCUCGGGGAGGAGUUGCCUUGGUGCACGAUCUGCAAUGAGGACGCAGUGCUACGAUGUCGUGGAUGUGAUAACGAUCUGUAUUGUAGGGGCUGCUAUAAGGAGUUCCACUACGAUGAAGAUCCAAACGAGCAUCAAACGGUACCAUUCAAGGGUGGAAAAGGGGUUAGAAACGCUUGA